AUGUCCAUGCCACUGGAGGAUGCUAUGGACACCUUGAUCAGGGUUUUUCAUCAUUAUUCUGGCAAAGAAGGAGACAGAUACAAGCUCAACAAAGGAGAACUCAAAGAGCUCCUCACCAGUGAGUUCACUGACUUCCUUUCAGGCCAAAAGGAUCCCCUUCUGGUCAAUAAGAUUAUGAAAGAUCUGGACUCCAAUAAAGACAAUGAAGUGGAUUUUAAUGAAUUUAUGAUUCUGAUUGCUGCUUUGACUGUGGCAUGCAAUGAUUUCUUUGAAGAACAGCUAAAGAAAGAGGGAGUUUAG